AUGACAAUGAUUCUGAUUGGUAGAAAGAAGACAGAUAAGGAUUGUGGUGAAAGAGAUCAAGAUGAUUCAUCGAAUGGACCAAUAGGGAGUGUUGUUGUUGAUGAGGAUGAUUUAUUUACAUCAACUGAACAAUUGACUAGAGAUGAUAUUGAAAGAGUUGAAGAGACAAAUCAACAAGCUGAUGAUUCAAUGAUUACUGUUGAAAGUGAUGAAGAAGCACCUGAAGAAUCCCCAAUUUUGAAAAAAUCCAUGGGUGAUGCUGAUAAGGAUUCUGAUGUUGAAAUUAUUGAAGAUAAUAACGUCCAGGAAAUCAAAAAAGAUAACAAAAAACAGACUAAAGCUCAGAACUCAAAUGGUAUUGAGAAUGGUUUUGACGAUUAUGAUGAGGAUGAAGAUGAAGACUAUGACUAUGAAAAUGAGGAUAGCAACCAUUCAAAAUCACAACUUUUCAGUUCUGAUGAAGAAAGUGAUAUUACACCAAACCAUGAACCACAUGUGCAAUUGACAGCUGAUGAAAUUACAGCUGACCUUCUAAAAUAUGUUGAAAUGUGUUCAGAAAAGUGUGGUGAAGCUUUAGAUGAUUGUUCUGAAGCAGUAUUAACAUCUGGAGAAACAUCUGAUGAAGAUGAAGAAGAUCAUGGAUAUGGAUUCACUACUGAUUUGGAUUUGAAGACCUAUGAUUGGAAUGAAGAGGAUGAAGAUGCUGAUGGUGAUUAUCACCCUUAUUUACCUCAAGAUAAAUACCUUGAUGAUUCAAAAGAGGCUGUUUAUUCCGAAGGGGAAACAUCAGAUGAAGAUACAGAGGAUCAUGGUUAUGUCGGACACUCAUCAAAUGUAGAUUUGCAAAAUGUUGAUUGGGAUGAAGAUGAAGAUCAAGAUCAUCCAGAUGAAGAUUACCUUCCAGCCUUACCUGGUGAUAAGAUCCUUGAUGACUCACAAGAAGCUGUUUAUUCAAACGGUGAAACCUCAGAUGAAGAUCAAGAGGAGCAUGGGUUUGUUCGUGAUGAUGUUAAUCUUGGUAAUUAUGAUUGGGAUGAAGAUUCAGAGGAGGAAAAUGCUGAUUAUGAUUAUUUACCAGCAUUACCAAAUGAACACUUACUUGUUGAUUCACAAGAUGCUGUUUACUCUGAUGGUGAAACUUCUGAUGAAGAUGAGGUAGACCAUGGUAUUCUCAUUGAUGACAAUAUCAGCCUAAGUGCCUUGAAUAAUGAUAUUUGGGAUGAUGAUAGUGAUGGUUCUGAUUUUGAAUACCUUCCAGAGCUAAGUAACAUCAAAGUUAUUAAAGAAUUAGAUGCUGAGUCAGAGGUGUCCAUGUCUAGUGACUUAUCCUCUGAGGAAGAUCAUUUCGAUAACGUCAAAAAGAUGUAUAAUCAAGCUUUGAACAAGGUUGUUGAAGGAGAUGAUGAAACUGAUGAUUCUGAUUAUGUUCCUGGUGAUGAAUUACAAAUCGAUGAAGAUAGUAUUGAUUCUUAUGAUUAUCAUCUCAGUUCCAAGAAGAGACCCUGGUCUGAUGUUAAUGAACCUGAGGAAAUUGAAGAGUCUAAAGAAGUUAAUUAUAAGGUUCUCCACAAGAAACAACGUACGGAAGGACAGUUGAAACGUACAUUAAUAGCAGGGACGGUUGGUGCAGCUACGGGUGCUGUUGCAACUUUUUUUGGGUUGGUUUUUGCUGGUUCUGAGUGA